AGCCAUGGAGAUAGAGAGAAGAAAAGGCAAACCAUAUUGAGAAAGAGGAGAAGAAUAAUGAGAAAAUGAGAAACUAUGAUAAUGGCUAUAAACAAGGGUCAUCAUCACCUCUAUAUCCGAGCUUCUAUUUCUAAAUAAUAUAUAUAUGUAUAUGUGAUCUUUCUUCCUAGGUUUGUAUUUUCAUGGCAGACCAUGUUGGCCUUUAACACAUCCAGUUUGAGAAGAGCAGCAUUUCAUCACCAUCAUCAUCAUCUCCUUCACCAUCUAAAUUCUUCUUCUUUCUUUCCUUGCUGUUGAUUCUUUAACAGCAUAGUUUCAACUUGUUCCCAUAACUGAAUCAGCAUCAACUUUUGAUCAGUAUCUGAGAAGCUGGUGGGCAGAAGAAAGCAUAAACAAAGUAACGGAAAAAGCUGGAUUUAAAUGGCUAGAGAAUUUUGUGAAGAUAAAUCGAGGAAUAUUGUCUCAUCAAGUACUGGUUUUUGUUACUCGGAUGUUUCAUCUGGUAACAUGCAAACCCAGAUGGUGAACCAGAUCCAAGGGUUUGAAUCCAAUCCAGAGAUCUUCAAUUUGACCACAGGCAUGGAGAUGAUAGGGUUUUCCAAGAACCUACAGCAGCAACAAGGUGACACCAACAUGGCCAUGUGGUUCAACAAACAUGAAAACAACCCUUCUUCUUCCAAGGAGAUCAAUGAGUCAACCACCCAUUUCUAUCAACAUGAGUUCCACAAGCCCGAGUUCACAACUGGGAUAUCUGAAACUAGUGCAGAGAAUCUAAUAGUUGGACCAGAGUCAGGUCCUUGGCAAGAAAACAAGUUGCUUGUUGAUGAUUCUUCUUUGAGGUGUGUGUUUCCAUCACAGAGGCCAAGUCAAGGUCUUUCACUCUCACUUUCAUCCAGUAAUCCUACGGCCAGUAUCGGGUUGCAGUCUUUUGAGCUUAGACAAACCAGCCACAGUAGUCAUGACCAGGCAGAUGACACGAGGUUUAUCGGUUCUAGUUCCAGAGAUGGUUUCUUUGAAAAGCCUGCAAAUUUAAAUCAAGGCCAGUUCCAGCUGAGGCGCUCUAAGUACUUGGACCCUGCUAAGGAACUUUUGAAUGAAUUUUGCAGCCUGGGAAUAAAGCAGUUUGAUGCAUCGAAGCAAAAGCAGACCCAUAAGACCAGACAGUGGGAUAACGAUGAUGAUGGAGCUAGCCCUUCGAGGAAACAAUCCCUAUAUUCCCUUGACUUCUCCGAAUUGCAGAGAAGGAAAACCAAGUUGCUUUCAAUGCUUGAAGAGGUGGAUAAAAGAUACAAGGUCUACUGUAGUCAAAUGAAAACAGUCGUAUCUUCGUUCGAAGCGGUAGCCGGCACCGGGGCUGCAUCGGUGUACUCAGCGUUGGCCUCCAAAGCCAUGUCGAGACAUUUUAGAUGCUUAAGAGAUGGGAUUGUGAGUCAGAUUCAGGCCACAAGGAAGGCCAUGGGAGAAAAAGACCCGGUUGCACCAGGCACGACAAAAGGCGAAACACCGAGGCUAAGGGUCCUGGAUCAAGCUUUGAGGCAACAAAGGGCGUUUCAACAGAUGAGCAUGGAGAGUCACCCUUGGAGACCCCAAAGAGGCCUACCUGAAAGAUCUGUUUCCGUUCUUCGAGCUUGGUUGUUCGAGCAUUUCCUUCACCCGUAUCCAAGCGAUGUCGAUAAACAUAUCUUAGCCCGCCAAACCGGCCUCUCAAGGAGCCAGGUAUCCAAUUGGUUCAUCAAUGCUCGAGUGAGACUAUGGAAACCAAUGGUGGAAGAAAUGUAUUUGGAAGAAACAAAGGAGCACGAGAACUCUUCAGAUAAUGGAGUUCAGGAUGGUGAUGAUAAUGACAAUGGAGAUGGUCGGUUAAAUAUUCCACUCGCCGAUCAGAAACCCAUCCCGAACCAGCUCAUGGGAGUGGGACGGAGAGGGACAGCAUUUGCCUUACAGGAACUUGAUGGGGGCACAACUGCUUCAUGA